GUUUGAUUCUCACAACAUUUCUAGCCACAGCAGUUAUAAGCGAGAGUUCUGGGAGAGUUCAGCGAUUGCCCGGACCAGAGCUCGCACUCAUGGAAGGGAUGUCGGAGCGCAUGCAAUGCCGCGGCUGGAUUUUGCCGGGAAGGAGCCGGAAGCCCGGCACCGCGACGCCAGGACAGGCUCUGCGCCAGGCUGGUGGGAGGGAAGCGCAAACUUGUUUUGUUUGGGGGGUGGUUCUCCGCCACAACAAAGUCCUUGCAGCAUUAAGGCCGAUUUAAUUACAAUGACGUUUAUGGGCAGCACUGAGUGCCUAGGGGGAUUAUGCAGCUCCGCUUACACAGAGCCUGGGAAGCUCGCUCACGUACACCGAGACUCUCUGCGGGUCUCCGGGCCAGUUCGGACAAAUAAGGAAACACGCGCUCUGCCCGGGUUCUUGGUUUGCUUCUCCCGUCCUACCGGACAUUGGCGUUCACGGAACGGAAACGUGGGGGAGAGGGUGCGACGGAGCUCUUCCGAAGCGACCUCCGGCAGGGGGGGGGGGGCACCAGGGCGGGACGCAGCGCGCAGGGCGCUCCUCCCCCCUUCCCUACGCGCAGGCGCGGGCCUCAGGCUCGGCUCCGCUCGGCUCCGCUCGGCCCGGCCCGGCCCCGGCGCGCGGACAUGCUGCCCUCCCUGCAGGAAUCCCUGGACGGGGACGACAAGGAGCUGGAGAGCAGCGAGGAGGGCGGCGGCGGCGGCGGCGGCGGGAGCGGGAGCGCGGAGGACCGGAAGCCCGGGCAGCCGCCCAGCAGCCAUUUCUGCCUCUACGCUUACCACGGAAGCAGGUCACCAACACAACGUGGGGACAGUGAUGAUGGAAGUCCAGGGAACCUGACUUUGGAAACUCCUUCUGCCACAGACUUCAGCCUUUCCUUGGUAGACACUAAUUUGCCAUCGGAAGCAGAGCCAGAGCUCCGGAGUGCCAUUGCUAAGCGUCUGUCCAAAGGAGCUGUCUUUGAAGGGUUGGGUAAUGUUACAUCAGUGGAGCUGAGUCUUCCAGAUUCCCGGGUUGGUUGCUAUUAUUGCCUUUUCCAGCAAGACAAACCGCUUCUAGAAACAGCGACUACAGAGUCUGUACCUGACACAGCUGAAUAUAUAGUGUGUUUUUUAGGAGGAUCUGAAAAAGGACUUGAGCUUUUCAGACUUGAGUUGGACAGAUACAUCCAAGGCCUGAAGACAAAUGUGGAUGGCAAGGAAGUUAGCUCGGAAGCCUGCACCAAAUCCUAUCUUAGCAAUUGGUUUGAGGCGGCUGUAUGCCCAAUCCAGAGAGUCGUGAAUCUCUUUCAAGAGAAGCUUACCUUUCUCCUGCAUGCUGCUUUGAGUUACACUCCUGUUGAAGUUCAAGAAUCAGAUGAAAAAACAAAGAAAGACAUUAAUGGGUUUCUGAGUGUGGCAAGUCUCCAAGGACUUAUUCAUGAAGGGACGAUGACAUCCUUAUGCAUGGCUAUGACUGAAGAGCCACACAAGUCAGUGGUUAUAAACUGUAGUGGAUCCCAGCCGCAGUUUUCUAAUGCAGGAAGCAACAAGUUUUGUGAGGACUGGAUGCAGGCAUUUCUGAAUGCUGCAGGAGGUGGCAAUCCAUUUCUUUUCCGACAAAUUCUAGAGAACUUUAAACUGAAGGCUAUCCAAGACACAAACAACCUGAAGAGAUUUAUUCGCCAGGCAGAAAUGAAUCAUUAUGCCUUGUUUAAGUGUUACUUAUUUCUGAAGAACUGUGGCAGUGGAGACAUCCUACUGAAAAUAGUAAAAGUGGAGCAUGAAGAAAUGCCAGAAGCCAAAAACGUGAUCCUGGCCCUUGAAGAAUUCAUGAAAGAAGCAGCUGUGGCCCAGACUUGUUGAUCAUUUGUUUUUAUCUACUCUGAAAUUGCUGCAGUCUUGUAUUGUACAUCAUCUUGCCACAUCAUCUUCUUGUGAUUGAUGGGAACCAAUUUGUCUUUGUCACAGUGGGUUAUGCUCUCCAAAAGCAUUAGGUGAUUUCAGACUAAUUCUACCUUGCAGUCUUUUGAUAGUUUAAAUCAUGUAAAAACCAGUGAGAACAUUUUCCUUUGAGUCUUAGGGAUAAAAGUGUGCAAGAACAUAGUUAUUCUCUUUGUCAGCUUUUAGCCUCAUCAAUCAUAGAGUCUUGGGGUUGAAAGGGACCACCAGAGGCUAUCUGAUGUCUCUCAUUUUCUGCCUUUAUGUGGGCAGUCCUAUUUUUCUAGGCUCACAGAAAGAAAUUCUGUAAUUUCUCUUUAGUCCAUUCUUCUGUUUAAAACUCUUUUAAGACAUUUCCCGUAGCAGAAAAUCAUGAUUCUUUCUCAAUCACCACAGGAUUUAGCAUUUUGUAGCUGCUUGGAGAAGAUACAGUUCUAAACUUGGGGCAGACUAGCUUCACAAAAGCAUUCCAAAGACAGGUCUAGAACAUAGCCCAUGUCUUAAAAGCUUUGCACUCUGUGGGUGCCUGAUGUAUUCUGUUGGAUAAUGGCAGUGACGAUAUGGUCAGCCUGGUGCUGAUGUGCAAAUAAAACUUGAAUUUGUAACAUAUUGUAAAAUGACCUUGUAGAGUAGAUAUACCAAUGUGAGGGAAAACAUUAGCUGGUUUGUAGGACAGCCACAAAAAUGAAUCAAACAGACUAUAGAGAACAGACUUUUUUUUUUCAUAAAGCUGAAAAUGCUUGAAUGGUUUGCUUAGUUGGCUGGUUGGUUGUUUGACCUUUGAGUGAUUAUGGAUGGGAAAAAGAGAAGCCAAAGCAUUCUGCUGACAACAUGUAACCUCAGACACUCAACAGAGAUUCUUCAUUACAUUCGGACUCGGACAUUGAUUUUUGAUUUUUGUAUUUUUGUUCUUGUCCUCAAAUUGUUUUGCACCAAAUCAAUGGAAAGUCUGCUCUCAAAAGGACUGGGUAUCUUCUUUCCACUGGAACAGAUUACAGUUACACAGAUGUAGCAGUGGUUUUCCUUGUGUAUGGCUAUUUAAAUAAAACCCUUUUGAUCAUUAUUAUUUAGUUCUCUCAAUCAUAGAAUAGUGGGUUUGAAAGGCUCUACCCAUACUGCUGUCUUUAUGCUGAUUCCUCUUUCCCUAGGUUCAGAGGAGAUUCUAUAAGCUUGUAAGAGGAAACAUAAAUCUUACAUUUUUCCUGCCCUGGGGAAAUAGAAGAGUCCUGAAGGACUGAGGAAUCAUUUUAAAUUUCUCCAAAUUCCUAUUAAGUGCAGAGUUAAAACAGUGAUCUGCUGUUUCAGAAUGACUGUCAGUGUUUCCUCCUUUUUACCCUUUAAGACCAGAAAUUCAUCUAGGAAACAUUUAUUAAGCACUUACUAUGUGUGCUUUAUUGUGAUAUAUUGAAGACAAUUUUUUUUUUUUUUUGGCCUUGGGGGGUAGGGAAGAUUAGAUCUGUGAUAUUCCUUAUACAAUUCUAGGUCUAAACCUGUCUCCCCCAGCAAAACUUAGCUUUUUGUUAUUGUAUUUUUAAAAAUUACAUGGAUUCUCAAAAAUAACAUCCAUUUCAUUCAUGGGAGAUUUUUAUUGCCUUUAAAAUAAAGGUUAUCUUCUGAAUAGCA